UUAGAUGAUAUUUUAUGAAAUGACAUGCAUGAAGUAUUACUUUUUCAUUUUUUCUUCUUAGCUCUUCAGAUUCCACUUUGUAGCCAUUGUAAAGCAAAGACUCUUGAAACCUGUCAAGUACUGAAUCAGCAAAGUGCUGACUGCUCUCCUGUUAAUAACAAAUAAGAAACAAGAUUCCAACCAUCAUGGAAGCUCGUCGAUCAAGGAACCAACACCACAAUCUUUCUUCUUCUUCUUCCUCUUCUACCUCCUACACGCAGAAAAAGCCUUCCAAUGUGACACGUCAUCAAUCCAAAUUUUCAUCUUCUGCUCGCUCUCAUUCCAACGCUGCUAGGGUUCCCUUCAAUAACGCGCAGGAAGACGCUGCUGAUGCUGAUCCUCAAUCCUUUUCCGAUUUUAACCCUUUAGUCGGAACCUGUCCGUACAUGUGCCCAGAACGAGAGAGGAUCCAGCGUGAAAACCUCCGUGAUUUGGCAGUCUUUGAGAGGCUACAUGGAAAUCCUGCAAAAUCAUCUCCAUCCCUUGCCGUGAAAAAGUUUUGCAGAACUAUAUCGGCCAAAUAUAUCCAACCAUCUGAUGUGCGGCCUCUAAAUGUAUUGGAAGAUACUUUAAAUUAUCUUAUGAGCUUGCUGGAAUCUAAAGAGCAUCCUUUUGAAGUGGUUCACGACUUUAUCUCUGAUAGGACAAGGUCCAUACGGCAAGAUCUUACCAUGCAAAAUAUCGUUAACAAGAAAGCAAUUUAUAUGUAUGAGCAAAUGGUGAAAUUUCAUGUUAUAUCACACCACAAGCUUCGGCAUUCUAUGAGUGAUCCAAACAUUGCAUCAAUGCAUCAUCUCAACUUGGAACAGCUCACAAAGACAUUGGCAUCCUUGUUCAAUCUGUAUGAAGCAAAUCGAAAUUCAACUUAUGUGCAUGAGAAUGAAGCUGAGUUCUGUUCAUUACAUGUGCUUCUACAUCUUGACUCUUCUAGCAAACCAACGGUUGAACCACUUUCUUUGUGGUUUUGCUGUGUACCAGCCCUAGUACUGAAGUCAAAAGAAAUGCAAUUUGCCAGGAGAAUCUUAAGGUCUUUCCGCCUUGGUAAUUAUAAGGAAUUUUUUUGGACCACGGCAUCUCAGGCAUCAUAUCUUCAGUACUGCGUUAUGGAGCCUUAUAUCAAUGAAGUUCGUGCACUAGCUAUAUCGUGCAUAAAUUUUGGGGGCUACAAGCUUCAUCCAUAUCCUCUGUUCAACCUUUCAAAACUCUUGAUGAUAGAGGAAUCAGAUUUGGAAUCCUUUUGUAAUUCAUGUGGUCUCAAGACUUGCACAGAUGAAUCUGGAAAUAAGUUACUUCCCACAAAGCAAACUACCUUUAGUCAUCCCAAAGGGGGGUUCCAGCACUAUAGUUUCUUGGGCUUGCAGGAAUAUGAAAGUAAGUUUUAGGAGAUAAGACUGAGGGUCAUAAAAGAUGGUGGUUGUUAUAUUUAUUUCUCUUAUGUAUCAAGAUAGAUACCCUCUUGCAUGAGAGCACAAGUUUACUACUCGUAUGGCUUAAAUAAGUUUUCUUGUAAUUUACACAA